CCUUGGAUAGCCUUUGAAGUCUAUUUUCAUAAUUGAGUGGUCUCUGUUCGAGAGGAGAGAGUAAUCAUCCAAAAAUCGAUCUGGAGUGAGCAGUGGUCCGUAAACUCGAGCUCUGAGAGUGCUGAAACUGUUUGGUGGAUAUCUCGAGUUAUACCAAUCCAAUUAAGGCGUGUGAGAUACCAAAAGAAAGCUCUCAAGACGAGGAAUCCGUGAAGGUCUGUUUUGCAUCAAUCGGAGUAGUGGAAGGCUUCCAAAUCGUCCGAGCAAAACACAACCUCGCAGAAACGGAUCUACUCUUCUAAAGAAACGUGUUCACCGGAAAACACCCAUUCUAGGAGCUGUUUUCGUACCAACGUUUAGGGGUUGAGCUAGCGCUUUGAAGAGGCUGUUUAACACCCAUAUUUGAGUAAGGAAUCAGUUCCAAAUCCACCUUGAUCAAAGUCUUGACCAUUGGACCAAGAAGGGAUAGUUUAAAGCUCAAUUGAGUUUCAGGUCGGGAUUAAAGCUUGCCGCUACCGCCGUUGUAUCGGAGAAUUCAAGAGAAGAAGACGUGGUUCGUGCUUCUUCUGUUUCUGUUUUGAAAACGAUUUAAACCAUGCUCAUGGAUAUUAUUUUUCUUUAAUAUGUAUUUAGGGCUUGUAUGCCCAUGUUGCCAAAGUGUGGCGUGCACUUUGUAUUGAACAUUUCCGCUGCUUUAAAUGAUUAUUUUACAUUAUGUUGUUUAUGGAUGUUCUAUGUGUGAAUGGUAUUCAAGACGCCUAGUAUAGUAUGGAUGAGUUGGACUGCGGUUGACUAUUCGUACUGUACGGCGGGUUGUUGACGUGUCCGGUAGGUCCGGGGCGUGACAAUUUAAUUGGUAUCAGAGCCUUAGUCCGUAAACUUCAUAAUGAAGCUUCAAAACUCCUUUUCGAAAAUGAUUUUGCAAACCAUGAGCAUAAAGUUUUGUACUUAUGGAACUUUUGGUACUUGAGUUGCAAGGUCUCUAAUUGUUAAGAUGGUACCCUUAACAAUUGGUAUGGCGGUGAUUUAAGCCAAAAGAUGUCUUUAAGUACCUAUCCGUCACUUGACAUUUGAUACGAGUCUAAUGGCUCAUUCUAAACUUCCUUCAGAAAUGGAACGUACCGGUAGAGUUACUUGACGGAACCCGACUGGCCAGGCACUGGGAGGAUCCCAACGUGGCAGUCGGGGGGGAUCAAGAGGGUCUAUGGGACAGGGCCGUGCAGGCCACUCGCUGACCGUGAGUGACGGUCACGUGGAAACAAUAGAUGAGCACUAUGAGUCCGAGGAGGAUUCAACUUACCAACCGGGAACUGAGCCGGUUGAGACCCCAUAUGAUGGGGAACACGACGAUGCUAGCGAUGAGAGUGAUGAUAAUAGCGCUCUUGAACGGAUUGAGGAAUUGCUCCGGCAAUACCAACAAGAUCGCCAAAGGCGCCAGGCAAGGCGUGCUUUGGAAGGGGCUUCGAGGAGAGGCAGCCGCGUGACUCCUAGGGAGAGCAUUGAACUCCGAGGAGGUCGAGGUGCCGAGGUUCCUAUUAUACGGAUCUCGAAGUACCUCAAGGAGGCAAGAGAGUUGGGCUGUAAACCGUUUGACGGAACGGGAGACAUCUCCGUUGCGGCCGAAUGGAUCAAGAGAUUCAACGAAGCGGCCCUUGACAUGCAACUGCCACCCCACAUGAAGAUGAGAGUGGCAACAAGAUUGCUAGAAGGCAUGGCGUCCACGUGGUGGAACGGAGUUAAAGGGAAGUACGGCGAGGCCGUCACUUGGGAGAACUUCAGGCAAGAAUUCUUUAGCCAAUACUACUCCGACUUCGAGGUGAACUUGAAGAGGAGGGAGUACACGAAUCUGACCCAAGGAGGGGAAUGCACGGUGAAGGAACUUGAACACAAGUUCAGAAAGCUUGCUGAGUUCAUACCGGAGUACAUUUGUGAUGAAAACCGGAUGGUGAACCAUUUCUGGGAUGCCUUGGACCUUGACAUACGCGAGAGGGCAACACAAUUGCCUAAUAUGACGUUUAGUCAAGUGGUUGAACAAGGCUUGAAGGGAGAAAAAGAGUGGGAGGAAAGAAAGCGAAGAAACGCCGAGGAGGCAAAGAAAAGGAAAUGGGAGAACCAUGGCCCCCAGGGUUCAAACAAGAAGGGGAAUCACGGGGGAGGAGGAUCCUUCAGGGCACCCGCACCACCAUCAAGGGGGAAUCCCAACAUGGGGGGGCAAAACUCGGGGUUACAAGCCUCGACGAAGCCUAAGUGCAGGAAUUGCAAGAGAAAUCACGAAGGCAAAUGUCGUGAUCCCCCACGGUGCUACCAAUGCGGAGAUACGGGGCACAUAAGGCCUAAUUGCCCUCAACUUGGUGGGAACCGGUCAUCAGGACCAAACGUGGCAACCACGGUGAGUAGAAACCGGGGUGGGGCACCCAAUGCAAGCACGAACCACGGCGGGGCAAGUACAAGCAACGCACCCUCCGUAAACCAAGGAAGGACUCAAGCGAGAGUGUACGCAAUGACCGAGGCCGAUGCUCGGGCUAAUCCCGACUCCGUCGCAGGUAAUACACUUAUUCUGGUCAUUUCUAGGCUUACUUUGAUCAUAUACGUCGUUGGGAUUGAGUACGGGCCACCCCGGGGUCAAACCGGGUGAGUUAGGCCUAAUCGGGCUGGAAACAGCCACUGCUGGCCAGGCACGCCCGCAGGCACGCCGUGCCUGGCAUCGUGCCUGGAAGGCAGUGGCACCCGAAGAAAAGAAGAAAAAAAAAAAAAAAAUUUGGGCCAGGCACGGCCGCAGGCACGCCGUGCCUGGCGUCGUGCCUGGAAGGCAGUGGCGCCCCGAAGAAAAUUUGGCCAGGCACGGCCGCAGGCACGCCGUGCCUGGCACCGUGCCUGGGAGGCAGUGGCUGGCAGGGAGAAUCCUGUGCACGCACGGCCGUGCGUGCCACCCAGGCACGCCGUGCGUGGACCCCCGGCAACCGAAAACUCAUUUUUUCGCUCCGUUCUUCUACGUUUGGACCCCCGAUUGAUUCCAAACAGUAGUAUGAACCUAAUAACCUCCUAAUGAUGUGUAAAAACAUUAGAAAAGGUAUCCCACAUGACUUAUAAAUGUAGGAACACUAAAGAUUAAUGGGAAGCAUGCGCAAAUCCUUAUCGAUACCGGAGCGCAACGCUCAUUCGUAAGUGAGGCGUUCGCCGAGGGCUCAGAGAUACAAUCAAUACCAAUGACGCAAACUUUAGUGGUAUCAACACCACUAAGGGAAGACGUUGAAAGAACCUAGUACUAUCAGUCUUGUAUGGUGGAAAUCGGUGGCCAAACCUUGACGUGUGAUUUCGUACCGCUGAGUAUGAUGGAGUUCGAUGCAAUCCUAGGGAUGGAUUGGCUAGAAAAGCAUCAUGCUAGGGUAGAUUGCGACACAAAGGUCUUGGGACUCGAAGGCAAUGAUGGGGAUACCCUACGCUUCGAGGGGGACCGAGGCAAAUCAAACAGCUGUAUCAUAUCCGCUGUGAGAGCGAGAAGUAUGAUGAGAAAGGGAUGUCACGCCAAUCUAGCAUAAGUGGUUGACAAGACCAAGGAGGAAACGAACAUCGACGAUGUGAGGGUGGUUUGUAAGUACCCGGAUGUCUUCCCAAAGGACCUGCCGGGGCUUCCACCUGAUAGGGAGAUUGAAUUUGUGAUCGAGGUCGAGCCCGGCACCAAACCAAUCUCCAUACCGCCAUACCGUAUGGCACCCGCUGAACUUAACGAGUUGAAAACCCAAUUGCAAGAGCUUUUGGAUAAUGGGUUCAUUAGACCAAGCCACUCCCCGUGGGGAGCACCGAUUCUUUUGUGAAAGAGAAAGAUAGGACACUUCGAAUGUUCAUUGACUAUCGUCAAUUGAACAAGGUCACAAUCAAGAAUGAAAUCCUUUGCCUAGGAUUGAUGACUUGUUUGAUCAACUACGAGGAGCAACUGUGUUUUCAAAGAUUGACUUGAGGUCGGGGUACCAUCAAUCGAAGAUUAAGGAAGAUGACAUACCAAAGAGUGCUUUCCGCAGAAGGUAUGGACAUUUUGAGUUCCUUGUUAUGUCGUUUGGGUUAACAAACGCCCCAACAGCAUUCAUGGACUUGAUGAACCGAGUAUUCCAUAAAUCCUUGGAUCGAUUCGUGAUUGUGUUCAUAGAUGACAUUUUGAUUUACUCAAAGAGUAAGAAAGAGCAUGAAGAGCACUUGAUACUCGUUCUUGAGACACUACGGGAGAAGCAACUUUAUGCCAAAUUUUCUAAAUGUGAAUUUUGGCUAAAGGAAAUUGGCUUUCUCGGGCAUGUGGUUUCAGGAUCGGGAAUUGCUGUUAAUAAUAAGAAGAUAGGGGCCAUUACCGAAUGGGAGAGACCAAAGAACGUCAAGGAAAUUCGUGGUUCCCUUGGGUUAGCAGGCUACUACAGGGAGCUCGUGGAGAAAUUCUCCGUUUUGGCAUCACCAUUGACAAAGCUCACUCGUAAAGGAGCUAAGUUUGUAUGUGAUGACAAAUGUGAGAAAGGGUUCAUUGAACUAAAGGAGAGAUUGACUGAGGCACCGGUACUUGCAUUACCCAAACAGGGUAUGGGGUACGAUGUCUAUAGUGACGCGAGCAUCUAAGGACUUGGAUGGGUGUUGAUGCAGGAGGGGAGGGUAAAUGCCUAUGCUUCACGACAGUUGAAGAAGUAUGAGGUGAAUUACCCUACCCAUGAUCUAGAGCUGGGAGCAGUGGUGUUUGCACUGAAAAUUUGGGAGAUAUUAUCUCUACGGAGAGACAUGUCACAUAUAUACUGAUCAUAAGAGUUUGAAGUAUGUGUUUACUCAGAAAGAAUUAAUACAUGAGACAGAGAGGGUGGAUGGAGUUGAUAAAGGACUACCAUCUAGUUAUUGAGUACCAUCUAGGUAAGGCAAACGUUGUAGCAGAUGCCCUCAGUCGGAAGAGUUGUCUGGGGCAUUGUCGACUUGUUUGAGGUAAUCGAGGGGAACUACGCUGUGCAACCAAUCAAGGUCACCAAUAGAAAAGUGAAGAAACUGAGGAGCAAAGAGGUCCCAAUGGUUAAAGUACUUUGGAAGAGCGAUCAGGUCGAAGGGGAGACAUGGGAAACAGAGGCUUUGAUGAGAAAGCAGUAUGCUUUCCUUUUCGAGUAGAGUUGUGAAUUUCGGGGACGAAAUUCCUGUUAAGGGGGGGUGAACUUGUGACACCGCACCCGAACGUCCUUGAAAAUUUGAUUUUAAAAUUCAAAGUUUUGUAUUGGAUUUCUGAUUCCCAAACGAUUGUAAAACGAUUAAUGUUUUACGUAAUUAAUGAUCGAUUAUUGUACUGUCCGAACUCGUAUACGAGUAUCGGGCCUUAUUAAUAAAUAAAAGAGCCUAACAUUAUCUAAAUAGUAAUACAUAACGUUUCAAGACAAGUUGAGGAAGGGCGGGCGGCCCAGAUAUUAUUUUGGGCUCAACCCGCUAGAAUAGCAAGUAUUCGAGAAUGGCGUCGUAGGCCCACUCGGGGGCGACCCCCACGGCUUGUAGCCCAAUAAUAUGAAUGACAAAUGUCAAAAUAAGUGAUAGGAUGAUUUGAGAUGAAUAAAAAAUGCCUAUGAUCCCAUCUUUGACAUUAUUGAGCUAAAUAAUGGGAGUAGGAUUUUCCUUCUAUAAUGUCCAUCAAGUAAAUUAUUGAGAUGAGCCUACACAUAUUGGAGAUCAAUAAUGUGAUGUAGGAAGUUGACUUGUUCUAAAUAAAUUAGGAUGAGUACAAAAAGACAUCUUUGACAAAAGAUAAAAUAAUAGAACCCAUCUUCCCAUUUUUGGAGGUAUUGAUAGAUAUUUUGGACCCCAAAAUAAUUGGGAUCAAUGGGGAACCACUCCACAUGAUAUUAGUACCUGCAAGACAAAUAAAAAUGGGUGAGAAUACUUACCUUGGCCGACCACCAUGGAGAGGGGCUGUAUAAGACUUGAUAGGAAUCAAAUGUUGGGCCACCAUCUCCAUUUUUCGCACAAAAUGGUGUGCUGUUUGUCUCCACUCAUCAUGGGAGUUAUACUCGACCAAACAACGUGUAUAAGGUGUCCUUGGAUAGCCUUUGAAGUCUAUUUUCAUAAUUGAGUGGUCUCUGUUCGAGAGGAGAGAGUAAUCAUCCAAAAAUCGAUCUGGAGUGAGCAGUGGUCCGUAAACUCGAGCUCUGAGAGUGCUGAAACUGUUUGGUGGAUAUCUCGAGUUAUACCAAUCCAAUUAAGGCGUGUGAGAUACCAAAAGAAAGCUCUCAAGACGAGGAAUCCGUGAAGGUCUGUUUUGCAUCAAUCGGAGUAGUGGAAGGCUUCCAAAUCGUCCGAGCAAAACACAACCUCGCAGAAACGGAUCUACUCUUCUAAAGAAACGUGUUCACCGGAAAACACCCAUUCUAGGGGCUGUUUUCGUACCAACGUUUAGGGGUUGAGCUAGCGCUUUGAAGAGGCUGUUUAACACCCAUAUUUGAGUAAGGAAUCAGUUCCAAAUCCACCUUGAUCAAAGUCUUGACCAUUGGACCAAGAAGGGAUAGUUUAAAGCUCAAUUGAGUUUCAGGUCGGGAUUAAAGCUUGCCGCUACCGCCGUUGUAUCGGAGAAUUCAAGAGAAGAAGACGUGGUUCGUGCUUCUUCUGUUUCUGUUUUGAAAACGAUUUAAACCAUGCUCAUGGAUAUUAUUUUUCUUUAAUAUGUAUUUAGGGCUUGUAUGCCCAUGUUGCCAAAGUGUGGCGUGCACUUUGUAUUGAACAUUUCCGCUGCUUUAAAUGAUUAUUUUACAUUAUGUUGUUUAUGGAUGUUCUAUGUGUGAAUGGUAUUCAAGACGCCUAGUAUAGUAUGGAUGAGUUGGACUGCGG